AUGGCCAGUACGAUCGAGAUAUCGGAUGAUGAUCUGACCGCCUCGUCGGUGGAGGAUCGCAAAGCCCCGCCAAGCGCGAAAACAUUGGGAAAACGGAAAUCGACGGUUGACUUCGAGGAGAAGGUUUCCUGGACGGAUGACGAGUCCGAUUCCGGCAUCGGUUCGAAUAGACAAACAUCUACGAAGCGUCGGGCUGUAUCAACAAAAGGGAAGAAGACGGCCAACAAGUCCACCGCGCGAGGCCCAAAACCGAUUAGAAAGAGGAAGCCUGGAGAUCUGAGGGCUUGGGUCAAUGCCGUCGACGAAUCGAGCCCCCAAGAAGAAUACGCCGACGCAGGUGUCCCGGACUACCUACGGAAGCGGAGGGAGGGGUUUGACAGGGAUAGGAAACUGUUACAGGAAGCCGGUCUAAAGCUACCCCCAGAUUACUCGGACAUCUACUUCUCUGACGACGAGCAUGGAUCGAAACUCGAGGAGCGUCCCAUAUUUGAAGGCGCCAACAGUGGCAUCAAGCCGUGCCGCCCGUACCAGGACAUCGAGCUCGAGUACUCAGCGGGUGUUAUCCCUGCGUCGGUGGCCCAGUAUCUCCGAGACUACCAGAUUGCUGGCGUCAAGUUCCUGCACCAGCGAUUCGUGUAUCAAAACGGGUGCAUUCUCGGCGACGACAUGGGCUUGGGCAAGACGGUGCAAGUAGCUGCCUUCUUGACCGCCGCCUUUGGAAAAACAGCCGACGAACGGGAUGCCAAACGAAUGAGGAAGAUGCGUCGGGCUGGCGAUCAGUGGUACCCACGAGUCCUGAUUGUGUGCCCGGGCUCGCUGAUUCAGAACUGGAAAAAUGAGCUGAACCGCUGGGGUUAUUGGCAUGUGGAUACCUACCAUGGGGCUGGAAAGGAAGACGUCCUUCAGGCCGCCAAAGCCGGGCGCCUGGAGAUCAUGAUUACGACCUACGUGACCUACAAGAAAAUGCGCGAGGCUGUGAACGAGGUUGAGUGGGAUUGUGUUGUGGCCGACGAGUGCCAUGUCCUGAAAGAUCGCAGGUCUGAGACAACACAGGCUAUGGACUGUGUGAACGCCCUCAGCCGCAUCGGUCUGACCGGGACCGCCAUUCAGAACAAAUACGAAGAGCUUUGGACAUUGUUGAACUGGACAAAUCCGGGCCAUUUUGGGACACUGGCCGAAUGGAGCAACACCAUCACGAAACCUCUCACUCUCGGACAAUCUCACGACGCCACGUUGAAGCAGCUCAGCAUGGCCCGGAGCACAGCGAAGAAGCUGGUCCAAAAUUUACUGCCCGAGUUUUUUCUGCGGCGUAUGAAGACCCUUAUCGCCCAUCAACUACCACGGAAAACAGACAAGGUUGUCUUUUGCCCGCUCACUGAAAUUCAACGCGAGGCAUACGAAAACUUCCUUGAGAGCCCCCAGGUCACCUUGAUCAACUCGUCGUCCGAUCCCUGCGACUGUGACUCUGGUCGCAAGGGCGGCUGGUGCUGCUACAAGGCACUUCCCGACGGGAGGUCGUGGAUGAGUGUGGUCUUCCCCAGCAUCAUGACGUUGCAGAAGAUUUCGAACCACCUCACGCUGCUAAUCCCGUUGGCCGCCGACCCCAAUGAAAAGCAGAGCUCGGAGCUUCAGGCCCUCCAGACCUGUGUCCCCGACGACUGGGCAGAGCUAUACCGAAACCGGGACUCCAUGCUCAACCUGGCCAACCCGGAGUUUUGUGGGAAGUGGAAGAUCCUUAAGAAGCUACUACGAUUCUGGCAUGAGAACGGAGACAAGGUGUUGGUGUUUUCGCAUAGCGUUCGGCUGUUGCGUAUUCUGCAACAUCUGUUUCAUAACACGAGCUACAACUUCAGCUUUCUAGAUGGCUCUCUGAGCUACGAAGACCGCCAAAAGGUGGUGGACGAUUUCAACUCCGACCCUUCUCAGUUUGUGUUUCUCAUCUCCACCAGGGCCGGGGGUGUUGGACUCAACAUCACAUCCGCGAACAAGGUGGUCAUAUUUGAUCCACACUGGAACCCAUCUUACGACCUACAAGCUCAGGAUCGCGCUUAUCGAAUCGGCCAGGUCCGCGAUGUCGAUGUAUUUCGUUUGGUCUCGGCGGGGACCAUCGAGGAAAUUGUUUACGCCCGACAAAUCUACAAGCAGCAGCAGGCCAACAUUGGCUACAAUGCCUCCAACGAGCGUCGAUAUUUCAAGGGCGUCCAGCAGGAUAGUAAUCGCAAGGGAGAGAUCUUCGGCCUCAGUAACCUAUUCAGUUUCCACGGCGAUCAAGUGGUUCUUCGAGAGAUUGUUAACAAGACCAACAUUGCCGAAGCGAAAGCUGGCGUCCAACUGACGGAUGUCGAUCUUGAGAAAAUGGCGAAGGAUGAGGACGACGACCUCAAUUACAUCAAGCAAGAGAACGAUGACGACGAAGAGGGCGGGAUGAGCCAGCUCGCCAAGCUCAUCACAGCUGAGAACCAGGAAGAACUGAUCCGCUCGCGCAAGGCCAACAAACCAAAGAGUGAUGCUAUCGCCGGCAUCCUAACUUCUGCCGGCGUCGAAUACACUCACGAGAACUCCGAAGUCAUCGGCACCAGCCGUGUCGAGGCGCAGCUCUCACGCCGUGCGGAGCUGGUGGCCAACAACCCCGUGGACAGCCAAGACCCGGAGGGCAACAGCGCACUCUUUGCGGACAGUCAGGCAAAUAUCGUGACUCCGACCACCGGUGCUACCGGUACUCCCGUCGGCGUGGGGGCAGGCAGCAACGGCAACCCAUGGCGAAUGCACCACCAAUUCAACCCGCCCGAGGACGUGAUGCGACGUCAAUUCUGCUCGAUGGCGCGCGAGUUUGGUUUUGCUAGCGCCACGGACUUUGCGCUAGUUGUUGAAAGCUGGACGCAGGAGCAGCGACGGAAUUGCUUGGAUAUGUUUUACCGGGUGCGUGAGGUGAAGGUGUUGGAAAGGGAAUUGGCGGUGCUGAAGAAGGAGGAGGAUGAAAAGAAGGCGGCUGGGGUGGAUCUGGGGGACACUACGAGCACUGCGGGGAGCAGAAGUCAAGAGAGCCAGACUCCAAGUGCGGCUGGGGUAGAGCAGAAAGGUACUACAAAACUGCAAGCCAAAAGAUCCACGACUAUAUUUCUCUCUGAUGAUGACGAGGACGAUGAGCUUUGA